CGACGCUCGAAGAAUUGUGACUCGAAAGUGGAAAGCGCGGUCUCGAGUCUACUAAUAAUUUUGUUUGGUAAAAAGUCUGGUUUCCCUCCAACCCUCUUAAUAAUAUUUGAAUCUCCCUCUUCCUCUUCCUUCUUGCACCAAGAUUCCGUUCUCUGGUUUGCCCUAGAUCUAGGGUUUCCCUUUCCGCUUCAAAAUUGCCCUUUGGUAGACGAUGAAGCGUAAGGGAGGACAUAAGAAAGGGAACAAGUCUAAAAAGUCCAAGUCUGAGAACUUGAAGCAGACACUCCAAAACAGUGAAUCUGACCAAAGUUCUGCUGAGUUUGAACAUGGAUCUAAGGCAGAAGUUGAUGCACCCGCCCCCACUGGCGAUUCACCUAUUGCUGCCAGUGCAGAUCCGGUUAAGUCUGUUGGGCGUGUUAAGGUUAAAUUGAAGACCUCGAAAGCACCAGAACCUGAUGUUCCGUUGAGUAUUGAUGUCCAUAAGAAUACUAGUCCUCAGGCUGAGCCAGACAAGUCUUCUGUGGCGGUUGAGAAGAAAGAGGAACCUGUUCCUCCUCGUUUGCCUGAGAGAAAACCUGUUCUCAAUGUUUAUAGGAAGAUGAAAGGUAUUAAGAUUAAGUCUUGGAAGGCGGUUGAUGGAUCUAGCUCAGUUUCUGAGAAGACUGCUGUUGAUACUGCUGUCAAGCCCCAGGAUUCGAAUGUACUUGAUAAGGAUACUAAGACGCCUGAUGAGAGUUCUCAAGUCAAGAAGCUAGAACCAGAAAGUGUGCCUGUUUCUUCUCAGAAUGAACAGAAGAAGACUGAUCAAAGUUCGCGAUACAAUAAGCAAGAACUCGAAGAUUCUCUUACAGUGGUCAAGAAGAUUAUGAAGAUGGAAGCUGCUGAUCCCUUUAAUGUUCCUGUGGACCCAGAAGCUCUUGGGAUUCCUGACUAUUUCGACAUCAUCAAGACACCUAUGGAUUUUGGAACAGUAUGCAGUAAUCUUGAAAAAGGCAACAUAUAUAUGAAUUCUGAGGAUGUUUACAAGGAUGUCCAGUUCAUCUGGAAUAACUGUUCCAAGUACAAUAAGAAAGGUGAUUACAUCGUGGACCUGAUGAAGCGAGUGAAGAAAAAUUUCAUGAAGUACUGGGCUGCCGCGGGAUUGUAUACUGAGCUAUCUGGAGAGAAUGCCCAACUAGAGGAUGGUGGAAAUGCAUCCACCAAAGGUAGUCAGCCCAAGCAAAAGAGUCAGAAGCGCCAUGGAAGGCACCACAAGAGUGAUUGUAUGUGUGCAGUAUGUAUUCUGAAGAGACGUAAAAGAGAACGUCAUAGUUCUCAAGGAAAUUCUGGAGCACUAGAGGAAUCUUCACCUAUUAGAAGUCCGUCUGUGGAUAAUUCAUCAAUAAAUAUGCGUGAGGAGCAGGACAUGGAUGUUGAUGUUGACAACAAAACUAGACAAGGAAAAACAGAAAUCGUGGAACUAGAUAGUCCGGUGGCAAAAAGACAAAGAGUUAGUGAAAAUAAACAAGAUGUGGAGGAAGAAGAACAAAAGGAAGAGGAAACCCUUGAGGUGGAGAAUGAAACUAAAACCAAGGCUAUUGUCCAGGAUAAGACCCAAUCGAUUGAUAAAUCGACAGAAGAGACUGGUGAGGAGCCCGUGACUAGUGCUGCGGAGAAAUUGGUUGUUUUAGCUUCCGUUGAGGGUCCAAAAUUAACUCAGAAUGAAGAGGAAGAGAAGGCAAAACGACUCCGAGAGCAGAAGGAACAGCAGGAGUUAGAGCGUAAACAAUGGAGAACUAAGAUGCAUGAGAAGUUCCAACUCAGAAACCCUCAGCUUCUAAAUCUCUGCGAGACUAUUUUUCCUAACAGCAACAACCACAGUUCUGUCUGGAACGGACCUCACUCACUGUUUAAACGUCCAGGAGGAUCAAAUCGUACUAGUUCCUUACACAAAGCAGUUGAUGCUUUGAUGAAGUAGUAAGGAUUCACAAUGUAACAUUAGUAUUUAGCUAAUCUUCUUCGCUUUGCCUGUUUAGAUAUGUUUGAUUGAUGCAUCCAAUGUCAAACACCAUAAGAUUGUUGUCAGUGAAAGAAGAAACUUCAACCUGU